AUGGCGCCUUGGAAGAGCAUUUUUUCUAAAAAAGGCGGCGAAGAUAUGGAUGUCGUCGACGAGAUUCGUUUGAAAGCAUUUCAUUCGCACGGCGGAGUGUUCAUAGCGAACGAAUAUCGCGCGAUUGAUCGUUUAUAUCGUUCGGAAGAAGGCUGUCCGCACAAGUCUCGCGAAUGCCUCCCGUUGUGCUUGAUCUUGAGAAACCGUUUGAAGUACGCGUUGAACUACAAGGAAGUCACGACGAUUCUUCAACAACGCUUGGUCAAGGUUGACGGUAAAAUUCGAAUGGAGAAGUGCUAUCCGUGCGGUAUCAUGGACGUUGUCGACAUUGAAAAGACGGACGAACACUUCCGUUUGAUGUACGACCAGAAAGGUCGAUUUGUCGUGCACAGAAUCACCGGUAUUGAAGCGCAAUACAAGUUGUGCAAGGUGAUCAAGAAGAAGUUGGGCGACAAGGGCGUUCCGUGCGUGCAGUUGCACGACUCGAGAACCAUCCGAUACCCGGAUCCUAUGAUCAAGGAAGGUGACUCCGUCAUGGUUGACAUCGCUUCCAACAAAAUCACCGACUUUGUCAAGUUUGACGCCGGUGCUUUGUGCAUGGUUACCGGUGGUAGAAACGCCGGUCGUGUCGGUAUCGUCAACAGACGCGAAAAGCACAAGGGCUCCUUUGAAGUCGUCCACUUGACCGAUGCCGCUGGCCAAAACUUUGCCACCCGAUUCUCGAACGUUUUCGCCAUUGGUACCGGCAACAAGCCGAUGGUUUCUUUGCCGAAGGGCAAGGGUAUCAAGUUGACCAUCCUCGAAGAGCAAAGAAAGCAAGAAGACAACUAA